UGGCAGCGGCGUAUUCAGUGUUGUUGUGCGGCGCUGAGAGAAACCACAGACGGGAUUAUGAUUGACUAUAAUGGAGAAACAUGGGAAGAACACGGACUGAGAUCACUGAGUACACGUACGGAGAUUUGGACUGGACGUAAAGACGCCGCAGCCUUUUAAUCACAGUGUUUUCUAGAGAGUUACAGGAAUCUUUGUCAUCCCGGACUGAAGAAAGACAAGGGGGCCCGAAAUCACACGGACGUUGAAGUUGCGCUAGCUGUAAAUACGAAAAGCCUUUUUUUUUCUCCAGUGGGAAUCGACUUUUAAAGGUCUGAAAACUACCUGUUUGCACACACUUUUGGAAGACCGUUAAAGUUACCCUGCAAAACAAGGACUUUGUGCUGGUGCACCGCCAUUCAGCAAGUUGAUGGGAUAACAAACAUUGCCUUUGUUUUUGUCAAAUGGGAGAGACGAUGGGCAGCCAGGGCAGCCCAGUGAAAAGCUACGACUACUUGCUCAAGUUCCUCCUGGUCGGAGACAGCGAUGUGGGCAAAGGAGAGAUCCUGGACAGCCUGCAGGAUGGAUCAGCCGAGUCCCCAUACGCUUACAGUAGUGGUAUCGACUAUAAAACCACCACCAUCCUUCUGGACGGGAGGAGAGUAAAGCUGGAGCUUUGGGACACAUCAGGACAGGGGAGGUUCUGCACCAUCUUUCGCUCAUAUUCCCGUGGGGCUCAGGGGAUCCUGCUGGUGUAUGACAUCACUAACCGGUGGUCAUUUGAUGGAAUCGACAGGUGGAUCAGAGAGAUUGAUGAGCAUGCUCCAGGCGUACCUCGAAUACUCGUCGGUAACCGCCUGCAUCUGGCCUUCAAACGGCAAGUUCCCACCGAACAGGCGAGGGCGUACGCAGAGAAGAACGGCAUGACCUUCUUCGAGGUGAGCCCUCUGUGCAACUUCAACGUCAUCGAGUCCUUCACCGAGCUGUCGCGCAUCGUCCUGAUGAGGCACGGCAUGGAGAAGUUCUGGAAGCCCAACAGAGUGUUCACUCUCCAGGACCUCUGCUGCAGAGCCAUCGUGUCGUGCACGCCGGUCCACCUCAUCGACAAGCUCCCGCUGCCCGUCGCCAUCAAGUCCCACCUCAAGUCCUUCUCCAUGGCCAAUGGCAUGAACGCCGUCAUGAUGCACGGACGCUCUUACUCGCUGGCCAACCCGGGCGGCGGCUCCAAAGGCAAUAGCUUGAAGCGCUCCAAGUCCAUCCGUCCGCCGCAGAGCCCGCCGCAGAACUGCACCCGCAACAACUGUAAAAUCUCCUAAUAAACGGCGUCCCCGAGGGGUCCGUAGGAGACGACGAAUGAUCGACAGCAUGGGAUCAGGAGACGCAUGUACAGGAUGUUGUUAGUUGGAGGAAAAUUGCACAUCCCUGAACCUGAAGAGCCGAAGAGCAGGAAUGACGGAUAAAGGGAUGAGCGAGUGCUUCUACAUGAGGUCAUGUUAGAGAAUAUGAGCUCGAAUGGUGCCUCGACAAGUCGUCGGAGAACGGCGACAGACAUUUUGGUCUCCACAGACCUGAUUCUCACUACUCCCAACUGCUAGAAAGAGAGAACGAGACUCCAGAUUCACUCUGCUGGAGUGUAACUACAUGUACAGAAGUCCCUCACCAACUCAAACAACCAUAUUUAGUUACUCUACAAAACGCACGCCACUCAAUGUGCAUCACAAAAAUCACCUCACGAUCAAUUCUUCGCUUGUAUGUCUUUCUUCUGUCUGACACCUUUUUCUGUCCACAUCUCGGCUUAUUUGAUAUUUUAAAUGACCAAUAAGCUAAUGAUCAAGACACUAGUAACCAGUCAGUCCUUUUAUUGAUCGUUGUUUAUCCUCAGCUGGAUGUGUUUCAACACUUAUUGGAAGUUCAGAUGUUUUAGUUGAUCCACAGGCAACACUUGAUGAAUGAAGGUUCCCAUCUGGUGUUGCAGUGGAGGUCUGACCGCGCCCUAAAAUCCAGAAAGACGCGACCUGAACCAGAUCUCAGGUCUAGACUUGCUAGUGUGCCUUGAGUCCAAGUCCGUUCUAAGUUUUCCGUUUCUUGGUUUAGUAUAAACGAAGCGUAAGCAACAAAAAUACACAUGCUGCAUUUUUAAUGUUCACCUGCAACAAACUGGCUAAAAGCACGAAAACAUCCCAGUCACCGGUUCACUUAGAUUUUAGAUAUUAUAAUUCUGUGGUUUACGCUGCCUCCUCUUUGACGAGAGACGCUCGUUACCAUUAAUACCACUUAACCCUAUAAGUAGCCAGAAAUUAAGUUUUUAACUUGAUGCAAAGUCCAGACAUUUUUCAACAAGGCGAAACGAACAGAAGACGUAAAACAGAGUGAGCAGUAGAUAUUCUGUAGUUUUCAUAUUGAUGUUUUGGCUCUUUUUACCUAUAAAGCUGAAGAUACACGGAGCAACUUUUAGAGCAAUGUUGCUGUCAAUGGUAAUGAGUAAAGAUUACUACCGUAAUCCCCUUCUCCCGCCACUCCGCAACCCUCCCCGCACCGCCGCUAUCUGUUCAAAACAUAAUCGGACUUGCCACCAGCAAGAUUGCCCAGCAACAUUGCUCAAAAAGUUGCCACGUGUAUCAUCAGCUUUAAGAGCUUCUGGGAGUCUGGAGAUGAGAUGGAGAAGGAAAGCUUCACCUUUGCGUCACGCAGGUUUUCGUCACACCCUCCUCCUCCUGUCUCCUCUUCUUCCUUUCCCCUCUUCUUCCCUCUCUGCCAAAUGUUUAGGGACUCUUCUCUUCACGUUCUCAGAUUUCACGCCUCACGUGUCAUGUCACACCUGCUACAUGCAGCGGGAACACGCACACGCCACCGCCAGUCCUGGCUAAUUUAAUACAACACACACAGUUCACUCAACUCUGUCUGCUCCCUCACAGUGAUACUCCACUCAAAUUCUGUUUUAAGUUUCUACUACUGAUCCGAAUAAUCCCUGAUUCACCAAAAUAUGUAUAAAUAAUAACUCCGUAGUAGGAGUGUUUUUGCUGAAAGAGUGUUUUGAACAUACUGAACUGGACUAAUCGGUCAGUUCAAAGAAAAGUAAUAGUUUUUCUAAUCGUUUAAGUCAUUAUUUCAAAGCGAAAUGCUGAAGACUUGCUGUUUCUAGCUUCUCCAGUGUGAGGAUUUGCUGCUUUUCUAUUUUUAUAGUAUUUUAAACUAAAUAUCUUUUGAGUUUCAGACAGUUUGUUGGAACAAAAAAACAAGACGAGAUGUUAUUUUACCCUCUUUUCUGACAUAUUUUUUAGACUAAGUGGUUAAUAAAAUAACAAAUAAUUGACAGAUUAUUUUAUAAUAAAGCUAAUUAAUAAUGUAGCCCCAAAUAUUUAAAAUGGAAACAAAACCACAAACCUUUUAAGCCUACAGAGUGUUUGAUACUGAAAACAAUUUUGGGUGGAAUAUCACUUUAACUGUCCUGUGCCACAUUUUAAAACCAGUAAACACGCAGUUGCCACACCUGUUGCAUUACCCAAGCCUCAGUUUCUCUGUACUAUGUAGAGUCCAUCCCUCCCAUCCGUGGUAUGCACUAAUGUGUCCUCCAUACGUUCGUUUCAGCGAUGGAUGUGGAGCGUGAGGUGAAGGGAAGAGCAAAUAUUUGAGGCUGUCAUGAAAAGCGUAGCUCCUGGCGAUGAUGGUGAAAGCGUCAGUGGAAAGGUCUUGACGGGCGUGAACAGAAAACCGGUCAGAGUAGCUGGACGGGAUCAGGUAACGCAGAGGCAGGAGCUGUCAGGUAAAGUGGAACAUUUCACGUGUUGACGGUAAACAGUGAGCAGUGUCUUCCUCUGAAUGUCGCACUCUCCCCUUGAGGGACCAAACUGGCGGGUUUUGCACGUCAAUAAGUGAAGCAUGAUAGUGAUAUUUUAUCCAUUUUGUUUUUUUGGAGCUGAAACUGUUUCUAAUGGAUCGACAGAAGUAUUUUAACUUUCAGUUAUUUGUUCAAGUGAGUUUUCAAGCAAAAAUACUAAACAUCGGCUGUUUUAUUAUUAUAAAUUGUAAAGAUUUGCAGCUUGGUUUGUUGAUCAGACAAAACUGGCAUAUAUCAGGCUUUGGAGACACAGUUGUAGUAAUUUAGGACUUUCCGUGAGAUUUGUCACCUCAAGAUAAAUAUAAGCUGUGAUUAACAAGCUUUAAAAUAUCAGCCGUCACCUGUUCUCACUCUGUGCUGCAUUCAAGUCCAGUGGGAAAGACAGAAACAGGUGGGCGAGUUGGUAAUAUUAGUCAACAACAAGGAAGCCUGUGGCUGGUGGUUCGUGUGUGAAAAGGUGAUCUGACUGAACCAAGGUCGAACACGUGAACUCUUCCGAUUUGCUGCUUUUUAAACGACUCUGACUGGAUCUCCCGCAGGGAUUAAUGCAUCUCGUCGUCUCCUUCUCUCUCUCUCUCCCUCUGUUCUGCGCCGCCGCCGCCUCCGCAUGCUGUCCCAUGAUUCAUAGCUGCUGAAUAAUAGAUGCUCUUUUUGUAAAUCUCUGGAGGGCUUCAUCAUCAGCACGCCCCUGCUCCGUCUCCACCUCGCCGCUCUUUCCUCCUCCUGUCUUCUACACUGGUUUAUUUCUUCGUCUUCACCAGUGGUCCUGCUUUCUGUCUUGUUUCCUUUCUAUAUAGAAUUCGCCUGCUGGCUUUCACGCCACAUUUUCUCCUCAGGUGUUAAGUGGGGUUGUCCCCCUAAACCCGGUCCAGUCCAUUCAGCCCACUCCUCUGUCUAAUCUCAGGGAGCUGUCUUUGCCUCCAGACUCGUGCGGUGAAAACGCUUUAGAAAGAGACUUCCACUGAUCCAGAGUCAGAUUAAAGCAGUGUAGCCAAGACCAAUCUAUUAACUUGCUUUAGCCCGUUUACUACACAUGAUCAGUGGGCCCGGUUCUGCUUGUGGCCCUAAAGCUCACUCGCUGGUUGCACAUGUUCAGAGUUCAGAUUUUUUAUUUUUUUUCACGGUGUUUGUUUUGAGGAUGUUGAUGUCUGCGAGUUUCUCCUCCACUUUGGUCCAAACUGAAAAUAUGGAUUGUGUUUGGAUGGAUUGUGAUGAUUCAGACGUUUUUGUUCACCUCGGGAUGAACUGUAAUAAGUUUAGUGAUCCUCUGACGUUUCAUGUAGCGCCAUCAUCAGGUUCAACAUUUUCAUUUGUCAGACACUUUAUUUUAUGAACAAAUACCUGCAACAACAUUCCCAUCAGCCUCAGCUGUUCUUUUUUGGUUAGUGGCAAUUAGCAAAGAUUAACAUUUUAAACAUUAUACCUGCUAAACAUCAGCACGUUAGCGUUGCCGUGGACUCUUCGUAAUGUCCAUGAUACAUUGAGCUGUGAGAAGACUCGGAAGAACACGUUUAUAAAUAGAGAUGCAUGUGAUUUUGUAGUAAAUGGGUUAAAAUCUGUAGAAACGCACGGUUUGGUCGUAAAAGGAGGGUUAAAAAUGAACUGGUGUCUGAGCAUUUGGUUCAUGGCUGCGGUCUCCACGUGUCCCCUGGUUUAAGGGCGAGAUACAGGUUUAGAAACAGCUGACACAGGCCGCACACCUUGUAUUUUGUGUUAGCGUUAGAUUCCUCACCACCCGUGUUUUUAAAAGUCUGUAAAAUGAGCCCGAAAAAGGAAUUUAGCUCGAGCUUGUUGCCAAGAUUUUAUAAAAAGAGGUUUCCCUCUCUGUGCUGAACAGGAAAAGGCCUUUAUUAUUGUUGUUGCUGCUGACUCACAGAGCAUAAAAACCCUCACUGGGUGCAAUGAUAUCGUUUUGUUUGAUAUUGUACAUCCAUCCUCUUUGUGUUACGUGAUUACAGAUGUUUUCCUCACAUGAUUUUUGGUUUUACGUGUCUCCUCUUUGUUUGUUUUGUUUUGUAUGGAGCCCCUCAGUGUUUGUGAACCCCUUUGCAAUGAUUGUGUUCCUCCUGAAUUGAGUUUGGAUUAUCAAAGACAUGUUGGGAGAUUCAGGGAUGCCCUCUGAUAUUGCCUGUUUGUGGAAGUGUUUGUAUAAAAGAGCAGACUGUUGUGAUGAUGACGACGACUUAAGACGCAAAAAGAAAAAGAAGAAAAACGCCUGUAAAACACUAUUCUGGGUUUUUUGGUUAAAAGCUGCUGAUUAAUCUGGUGUGUGUGUGUGUGUGUGUGUGUGAGAGAUUGUGUGUGUGUGAGAUUGUUCUUCAAACAUCAAGCUGAACAUUUUAUCUUUCUUUUUUUUAAAUUAUUGAUUGUACAGUUUCAAGGCGAGGGUAUGAAGAGAGACUUUUUCACAAUAAAAAUGUUGAAUGUUGGA